UCUGCGGUGGCUGUCACCAAGGGCGGAGCUGGGGUCGCUGCCCCUCCCCCUGUCUGCAACAGUUCUCGGGCUGGGAGCGAUCACUGUCACCCCUUAACCUCUCUGUUCCUCUUCUCGGCGGCCCUCCCUUUCCCUUAUCCUUUCGUGCCCCAAACCACAUCCUGGAGCCCGCACUCCCGCACGGGCCUCCGCCGGGAAGGUGCACGGGGAGUCCUGGCCUGCGAGCUGCCCUGCGUGGCCUCCUCCUACAGCCCCUCUCCGGGCCCACCCCCUCGGCUGCACUGAUUGGCUGCUCCUGCCCCGCCCUGAGCAGGCAGGGUCCACUGUCCCGCGGAAACUUUUCUGUGCCGGGAGGAAGCUGGACAUUCGGAGACUCCCAGAAAGCAGCUCCGGAGGCUGCAGGGGUCUGGGCGGCCAUGGAGGAGCCCCCUUUGCGAGAGGAGGAAGAGGAGGAGGGGGACGAGGCUGGGCCCGAGGGGGCCCUGGGCAAGAGCCCGUUCCAGCUGACCGCCGAGGACGUGUAUGACAUCUCCUACGUGAUGGGCCGCGAGCUGAUGGCCCUGGGCAGCGACCCCCGGGUGACACAGCUGCAGUUCAAGAUCGUCCGCGUCCUGGAGAUGCUGGAGACGCUGGUGAAUGAGGGCAGCCUGACGGUGGAGGAGCUAAGAAUGGAGCGGGACAACCUCCGGAAGGAGGUGGAGGGGCUGCGGAGAGAGGGCUCGGCGGCCGCCAGGGAGGUGAACCUGGGACCAGACAAAAUGGUGGUUGACCUGACAGAUCCCAACCGACCACGCUUUACUCUACAGGAGCUGAGAGACGUGCUGCAGGAACGCAACAAACUCAAGUCGCAGCUGCUGGUGGUGCAGGAAGAGCUGCAGUGCUAUAAGAGUGGCCUGAUCCCAGCAAGAGAAGGCCCAGGAGGAAGAAGAAAAAAAGAUGCUCUGGUUACCAGGGCCAGCGAUGCCAGCAGUAACAAAGAGGAGAAGACAAUCAUAAGGAAGCUAUGUCAGUACAAUUAGGCACACCUUUCCUCCACCCCAUGCUGAAGCAAGCAGCUGGUUUGCCUUGGUUGCUUUGAGAAUGUCUGGCCUGGUGACAGUUUAUCAGCUCCCGGUCUUUUGGAUCGAAAGUGAGAAACAGCCUCGGUCAGGGAUCUCAAACUAGAAAGCCUACGGGGGCCAAGCAGUUAAUGUGGAUGAGUGGCGGGGCUGUGGGGUGGGGUGGGGGACAGUUGCCCCUCAGUUCUGUCUGGCCUAGGAAUAACAUGUUACCAGAGCUUCCGCUUCUUGAGUGAAGCCGAGAAGCCGGAUUUGUUCAUGGAAUCUGAUUUCCAAAUGCCGGCAAAUAAUUUAAGAUUAAAAAUAAAGACUGUACGAUCCAGAUGACCCACCAUCGCAGGCUGUAUCAGGUCCCAGGCCGCCAUCUGGCUCUUGCUCCAUUAUUCCUGCCUCUCAGGGAGGGCUGAGGGGACCUCGUUUUCUUCCGUUCAUUCGGUCAUUAGUCAGUCAACAAACCCUCACUGAGUCUAUGUUGUGCACCAGGUGUGGUGCUCAAGCUGGGGGUGCUGCAGUGACUUAUUUUGCAAGGACUUUGCAGACUCCAAUUUCACAGGGAAAUAAUUUUGAGGGAUCAGAGAUUCUGAGUUACCUUCCAGGGCAGGUUUAAUUAAGAUGGCUUUGUUUCAAGAGAGAGGAGAAAGUUUUUUUUUUCUUUUUCUCUUUUUGGAUCUCAGGAACAUAGGGUUGCGUUAGUGAGUCUCAGCUCAUGGCACAAUGCACCUCAUUGUGAGCAUAAGACCCCUUUCUUCUUGGUUUUAUUUGUUCCCUCUUUAUCCCCAUCCCCCAUUCCCAUUCUGCUUCCCAGCUUCCCUCCCCCUCAGCCAGUCUCAUAUGGAUAUUUAUUUACCAUAUUCUAAAAAUUGUAUAUUGUCUUUUGUGGAUGUAUUUUCAAUAGUAACUGAUAUUUUGUUUAACACUUCAUUCUGUUUCCUCGUAUUGUUUUUUUUUCUUCACUAAGAACUGUUGUUGUUUUC